GAUAGAGAGACAUCAGGAGAGUCAAAGGGGAGGAGGAAAGAGGCGAAAGGAAGGAAAGAGGAGGAGGAGAAAAUAUCGGGAGAAAAAGUUUGAAAGGAAUAGAGAAAGGGCUCAGUGGAAAAGCAGUAAACGGGGGUUGAAAGUGUCUUUGUGUGGAUUUUAGUGGUGCCGGGGAGCCGCUGGGCACGCGCCUGCUGCUGGCUGGAUAUAUGAGUUUGAGUCCACGAUGAGGAGCGACCCUGUUCUCUUCUCUUCUAAGAGGGCGAUGGAGGAGCUGGUGUGUGAGCUUCGUCUGUUCCUGGACCUGUUGGACAGGGAGUAUCUGAGCGCUGGGGUUCGAGAGAAAAAGAUGCACAUCUCCAACAUCCUCCACAGAGUUCUCUCAGAUAAAGAGCCUUCGUUCAAGUCAGAGAUCCACAGCGGUCUGCCAGCUCCGCCUCAGAUGCCCCUCCCUGAGAUCCCUCAGCCCUGGCUGCCUCCUAACAGCAGCCCUCCUCCUCUGCCCAGCUCCUCUCUGCCAGAAGGCUACUAUGAGGAGGCGGUGCCUUUAAGUCCUGGAAAGGCUCCUGAAUACAUCACUGCCAACUAUGAUUCGGACGCCAUGAGCAGCUCCUAUGAGUCAUACGAUGAGGAAGAGGAGGACGGGAAGGGUCAGAAGAUGCGUCAUCAGUGGCCGUCUGCAGAGGCAUCUAUGGAUCUGGUGAAGGACGCUCGCAUCUGUGCUUUCCUGCUUCGCAAGAAGCGUUUUGGCCAGUGGACCAAACUCCUCUGUGUCAUCAAAGAUAACAAACUGCUGUGUUACAAGUCCUCCAAAGACCACAAUCCCCAGAUGGAGCUGACCCUGUCAGGGUGCAGCAUCACUCACAUCCCCAAAGAUGGCAAGAAGAAGAGACACGAAUUGAAAAUUGUCCACCAAGGUGCAGAUGCGCUGGUGCUAGCCGUGCAGAGCAAAGAACAGGCCGAAGAGUGGCUCAAGGUGAUGAGAGAGGUGUGUCUUAAUGGGGGUGUAGACUUGGAUGCAGCUGGAUCUGGAUCACCAGUGCAUAAACCUGAACUGGAAAAGAAGUCAUCGUGUGACAGACCGAGCUCAGAUGGUGAGGCACCCCAUGAAAACGGACACAGUGACUGCAAGGACCAAGGAAAAGGAAAGAAAAACUCAAAGUCAGAGCAAAAGAGUGGGACAGUGGGGAAAGGAGCAGGGAAGAAGAUCACUAAAAUCAUUGGGCUGGGGAAGAAGAAGCCGUCCACGGAUGAGCAGACCUCGUCAGCAGAAGAAGACGUACCUACAUGUGGCUACCUGAAUGUGCUGUCCAAUAACCGUUGGAGGGAGCGCUGGUGCCGGCUGAAGGACAACCAGCUGCUGCUCCAUAAGGACCGUGAUGACCUGAAGAGCCACAUCGCCUCGCUGCCCCUCCGUGGCUGUGAGGUCAGCCCCGGCCUCGAUCACAAACACCCCUUCGCCUUCCGCCUGCUUCGUAACGGCCAAGAGGUCGCUGUACUGGAGGCCUCCUCCUCUGAGGACAUGGGUCGCUGGUUGGGGAUUUUAUUGGCUGAGACGGGCUCAACCACUGACCCAGCCACCCUGCACUACGACUACAUUGACGUGGAGACCAGCGCCAACGUCAUCCAGCUGGCCAAGCAGUCCUUCUGUUUCACAAGUAAGCGUGCUGUCUCUCCUAACCCGUACCUGGACAACCCCGUCAACGGCUACGCCUGCCCCACCGGUAUGGCUCUGCACUAUGAUGAUGUGCCCAUUAACGGAAUGGACCCGGAGACUCAGUACUCCAGUCCCAGCACAGGGGGGCGCCAGCUGAAAGAGGAGGUGCACUAUGAGAACGCUGAGCACUAUGAGAACAUGCCUUUGGCCAAGCUGGACAGUCGUUAUCCUCCUAAGCCUUCCUCUUCUUCCACUUCCUCUUCCAACACCUCUACCAGUCUCUACAAAACCCCUGUUUCUAAAGUCACCUCUAAGUUCCUCACUGCUGACACUAAAAAUAAAGCCACUACUCAGCUGAAGGGAAAGAAGGGAUCAGGGCCAAACGGGGUGGCAUCGAAGCAGAAGGCCGAGCCAAAGAACCAGAAGAAGAACGGAGUCAAUGGGACCAAUGGGACGGCGUCUAUGAAACGCAACAACUCUAUUGGAGACCAGUGUAAGUACGGGAAAAACCGCGUGGAGGCCGACGCCAAGCGGCUGCAGGCCAAGGAGGAAGAGCUGAUGAAGAAGAAGCAGGAGAUCAGGAACCAUCUGACCCAGCUGAAGAAGGAGAGGAGGGACCUGCGUGAUGCAGUGGAAGCUGCUGCUGGCAAACGCUCCCAUGUCUCGCUGUCUGAGCGACUGAAGAAGGUGGAGGAGGACUGCAGGAAGAGGGAGGAGGAGCGGGUGAACCUGGAGCUGGAGCUGACGGAGGUGAAGGAAAGCCUCAAGAAAGCCCUCAGCGGUGGGGUCACCCUGGGCCUGACCAUCGAGCCAAAAGCUGGCGGCUCCUCUGCAGUCCAGUCACCAACCAUGUUGCGACGGAACCAGGAGUCUUCUCCGUUCUCCAGCUGUGACACCAGCGACACAGAGUCCUGCUCCCUGCCGGUCAACAGCGCCUCGCUGCUCCGCCGGCAGCAGGGCAGCCAGAAGGCUUCACCGGUCCGGGGACACGUCCUCAGGAAGGCCAAGGAAUGGGAGCAGAAGACCGGCACAUAAAUCACACAUCCCUCACAUCGCUCUUACUUUCAUUAAUUUUUUUCUUUUCAAUAAAUUGUUUAUAUAUUUAUUUAAAACUGUUCAUGCAGUCCAAGAGUGUAUUAAGGAGCACACAAGCAUAGCAUUAAGCAACAUAUUGAGCAUGCUUAGUGGAGGACGAGGGUGGACUAUACUUUCUCCUCCAGCAGCCACCUUCUUUUCUUUUCACUCAAAUCUGUUCCAGCAGAUUUACAGUUUGGGUUCAUAAAGGUCAAAGGUCAAAACCAAGUAUUUAUUUGUAAAGUUUUUAGAGGAAAUAGUAGCUUCCCUUUGUUUAUUUAUGUUGAUAUAUUUAAAGUUUUUUUUAAUUUGUGGCACCACUCAUUCAUGGUGUCAGCAUCAGCAAACCAAGCGCAUCACAAUAAUCAUAACACACACCAGCUAAGUAAUAAUGCAGGGGCAUUUCAAGAAGCAGAAUUAUUCUCAAGAUCAUCCAAACUCUAAAAAAAACAAUGAUGUCUUUUUUUUUCUCGGCUUUAUUGGAUGAUGAAAUACAGAGGACAGGGCUCCACACUGCAAAAAAGCCAACUUGUUUUUUUUGGCCUAAAACAGUGAUUUAAGUUGGUAAAACUUGGAAAUAUAAAUUAUUGACAUUUAGGGCAAUAACGUAAGUUAGCACAACAAAGGAAGCCAGUUGUCUGCUCAAAAACAAGUUGGUGAGUUGUUGUUGUUGGUCUUUGUUGUGAAAUGCGGGAAAGCGGUGAAAUUCGGUCAUUAGCGAAAGCUAGCGGCUAACUGAUGCUAGCGGCUAACUGAUGCUAGCGGCUCUGCUUGUUACAGCUACAAGAGUAGCCAUUAGCGUAUCAAUGCUAACUUAAAAUUGUGGUAGCAACAUUAGCUGACAUUUCAUAGCGGCGUUAAAAUCGUGCCAAUUCAGCACAUUGCAGAAGUUAGCAGAAGUAAGGAUUAAAAGUUAUUAUAACUUAUUAUGUAAAAUUAUAAGUUAGUAAAACUUAUAGUUGAGUUGACAAAAAUCGGAAUUCAAACUUAAAAUAUUUAGUUUAAUUGUCCAACUUGAAAUUUUAUCGAAGUUUGUUGCCUUGAAAUUUUGAGUUCACCCAACUUUUCUUUUUUUGCAGUGCAGCUGGAUUUGAACCAAAAGCUAAGCCUUAGUGGUAUGCCUGUAGCAUAGUUAUUAAUGAAACUAUAAAUAUGGACAUCUGAAUUGCUGAAUACAUUACUUUGAUCACUAAUAUCUGUCUCCCUCUGAUUGGAAAAAUCAACCAAUACCAAUCUAGCCAACAAGUUAGCUACAUUCAUGAAAAUAGAAAAUGAAAAAUGAAAAAGUUAUCUGCUCCUUGCAACAACUACCAUAGCUUAUGUGCUGACUGGAAGUGAAUGGAAUGAAUUUGGGUCAUUUUCUACAGAGUGGAUAGGGAAACAAUACAAAUAUCAACCUGCCGAAACAUAAAUUAACAUAAAAUAGGCACAGAUUUGUCAGCUACACCUAACUGAAACCUGUUGUGGCCAUUGGUAGCUGCCAGUGUUCAGAGUCUUUAGA